UUCGGGCCGGCCACGCGCACGCUCUUCCGCGAGCUGCGCUCGGCGCGAUUCGUGCGCUUCCUCGAGGACCUCAGCGGCGUGAGCGGCCUCUUCCCAGACCCCGCCUACCAGGGCAGCGGCGUGCACAUCACGUCGGACGGCGGCUACCUCAACGUGCACGCCGACUUCAAUGCGCGCCAUCUUCAACCCGUGAUGCACCGCCGCGUCAACAUGUUCAUCUACCUCACCCCGGGAUGGCAGGAAGAGUACGGUGGCCACCUUGAGCUGUGGAACCGCCGCAUGGACAAGUGCGAGCAGCGCAUCCUGCCCAGCUACGGCCGCUUCGUGGUCUUCCGAUCAGACAGUUUCUCCUACCAUGGGCACCCGCUGCCCAUGCGCCUGCCGCCCAACGUGAUGCGCCGCUCGAUUGCAUUCUACUACUAUACGAAAACUCGCCCGAGGCGGGAGUGCCUCGACGCCAAAUGCAAGCUGCACAGCACCCUGUUUCAA